AUCCUCCUUUAAAACCAUUGUUUUUCACUUUUCCCUUCUCCUUUCUCUCUUCUUCUCUAAACCAAAUCCAACUCUUUUAUCUCUCCGUUCUUUGUUCAAGGGGUGGUCUUGGUGGUGGGUGUAAACUAAGGUAGACCUCCAUUAAUGGACAACUCAAGGGGAGCACAAGAGAGAAAAAUUCCAUCUCCCUUAAGCUCCCCGCACAGCAAUGGAAGCAACAGCAAUGGCAAUGUCCUCCAAAUUCACACUCCACCAAUUUCUCCAAUACCCAUCUCCAGAUCUGAUGCAAAUCCUUACCCAACAACAUUUGUACAGGCAGACACUACCACCUUCAAACAAGUGGUCCAGAUGCUCACGGGCUCGUCGGAAACCGUCAAGCAAGCCUCCAAGCCACCAAGCAAACAGAACCCUCCACCGCCGCUGCCGCCGCAACAGCAAGAUCCGUCGCCUUGCAAGUCCUUUGCCAUUCCUCUCAUCAAGAGCAACAUCCCCAAGAAACAGAACUUCAAGCUUUAUGAGAGAAGAAACAACAACCUCAAAAACUCUCUCAUGAUCAACACCUUCCUCCCUGCCGGUGUAGUCGGUAGUGCCUCCUUCUCGCCUCGGAAGCCACCGGAGAUCUUGUCACCGAGCAUUUUGGACUUCCCUAAGCUUGUCCUAAGCCCCGUUACACCCUUAAACGAGGAUCCCUUUAACAAGUCCUCACCGUCACUGGGAAACUCAUCGGAGGAAGAGAAAGCAAUUGCAGAAAAGGGAUUCUACUUGCACCCAUCACCGAUGUCGACUCCUAGGGACUCGGAGCCUCAGCUUUUGCCACUUUUUCCGGUGACCUCACCAAAAGUUUCAGGGUCUUCUUCUUGAAGAAAAGGCAUGUAAUUUGAGAGUUAUUGACAAACUGGUUUAUGGUCUGCUUCCACUGUACAAUUUGAUCUCUCUUUCAUCGUGGUAAAUUUUACUUCCUUUGUUUCUCAAUCCCCUCUUUUCUUUUCUUUUUUGGGUUUUGGUUUGGAAAUUGGAACUCAAAAUUCAAAACCAUAAACCUGAGAUUACUUUCUUUUGGUUAAUUGAUCUUUCUACUUGCCCUAUAUAUAAUUCAUAAAUAAUUUUUUAGCAU